AUGUGCACCUCUGUAAUUCCACCUGAGCGGGCAUCCCUUACUGAUUCCCACCGUGGAGCCGCCUACCUCUGCAGCUUCUUUACUGUGGUUGCACCUUCCUUCUAUUCAAGCAGCAACAAAAGCCAGACUCAGGCCAGAGUAGAUGGAGGUGGAGAUGGGGCUCAGAGUGGAGUAGAUGGAGGUGGAGAUGGGGCUCGGAGUGGAGUAGAUGGAGGUGGAGAUGGGGCUCAGAGUGGAGUAGAUGGAGGUGGAGAUGGGGCUCAGAAUGGAGUAGACGGAGGUGGAGAUGGGGCUCAGAGUGGAGUAGACGGAGGUGGAGAUGGGGCUCCGAGUGGAGUAGACGGAGGUGGAGAUGGGGUUCGGAGUGGAGUAGAUGGAGGUGGAGAUGGGGCUCGGAGUGGAGUAGACGGAGGUGGAGAUGGGGUUCGGAGUGGAGUAGACGGAGGUGGAGAUGGGGCUCGGAGUGGAGUAGACGGAGGUGGAGAUGGGGCUCGGAGUGGAGUAGAUGGAGGUGGAGAUGGAGCUCGGAGUGGAGUAGACGGAGGUGGAGAUGGGGCUCGGAGUGGAGUAGACGGAGGUGGAGAUGGGGCUCAGAGUGGAGUAGAUGGAGGUGGAGAUGGGGCUCGGAGUGGAGUAGACGGAGGUGGAGAUGGGGCUCAGAGUGGAGUAGAUGGAGGUGGAGAUGGGGCUCGGACCUUUUCCUGA